AUGGCAGUUCCCGCCGCGGUGUCGGCUGCGACUCGAAGAGGGCUCUCGUCCCUGUUGCUGCCGGAUUGUCGGCCUCGUCUUUCCGGCUUCGUUCCCGCGAACCCCGCCCCGGCAGGCGCCAAGACGUUUUCUCCCUGCGUGCUCAAGAGCGCGCUCUCUGCGAUCUCGCGGCAGAAAUGUCGCUCCCUCGCUUCGCUCUCUUCAAAACUCGCAACGCCCGAGUUUGCGGUCCCGCGUCACGGCGCGGGACCGCAGUGGGAUGGUGGAUCUCGCUUCCUCUCGUCGGCAGCCAGCGCUGGGAAGGUCGUCCCCGUCCCUUCGAUGGGAGAUUCGAUCACGGAAGGAAGUUUGAAUGAAUGGAAGAAACAGCCUGGGGACUACGUGCGAGAAGGAGAUCUCGUAGCCGUCAUCGACACGGACAAGGUGUCGGUUGACAUCAACGCGCCGGAAUCGGGACGCAUCGUCAAGUUCGAAGCGAACGCUGGAGAUACCGUCGAAGUUGGAAAGCCCCUCUACGUCAUUGACCCCACGGCCCAGCCGGACCCAGCUGAAGUUGCCCCGCCCGCGCCAGCGCCCAAGACGGAGGAGCCGAAAUCUUCUUCGGCUCAACCUCCCGCUGAAAAGGCGAAGACGCCAACGCCUCCGAAAGCGCCGACCGCCCCGGCGCCGUCGGCGACUUCUGGGAAGGCGUCGAAGACGGCCGCAGCCCCCGCCGGUGUCCAGAGCGCCGGAAGAGAGGAAAAGAGAGUGCCGAUGAGCCGCAUGCGUCAGAGAAUCGCAGAACGCCUAAAGGGAGCGCAAAACACAGCAGCAAUGUUAACGACUUUCAACGAGUGCGACAUGGGGAACCUCAUGGCGAUGAGAAGCGAACUGAAUCCAGCAUUCCAGGAGCGCCACGGAGUAAAAAUGGGUUUUGUUUCGGCCUUCAUGCUCGCGAGCGCCAUGGCGAUGAAGAAAGUCCCCGAAGUCAACGCGUUCAUUGAAGGAACCGAGAUCGUCUACAAGAGCAACGUGGAUAUCAGCGUUGCUGUGGCGACGCCCACAGGCCUCAUGGUUCCCGUCGUUCGCGACUGUGAGAGGAAGUCGUGGCCGGAGUUGGAAAAGGAGCUCGCAGCCCUUGCGGUGAAGGCGCGCAACAACCAGAUUGCUCUUGAGGACAUGGCAGGUGGAACCUUCACUAUUUCGAAUGGCGGGGUGUACGGCAGCAUGAUGGGUACGCCCAUCUUGAAUCCUCCGCAGUCUUCGAUUCUCGGCAUGCACGGCAUCACCAAGCGAGCUGUGGUCAAGAAUGAUCAAGUUGUCAUUCGCCCAAUGAUGUACCUGGCGCUGACAUACGAUCAUCGCCUCAUUGAUGGCCGGGAGGCUGUCACCUUCCUUUGCCAUAUUCGCGACUACAUUGAGGACCCGCGCCUCAUGCUUCUGGAUCUGUGA